AUGGGGAGAUCAUGUUUGCCGAGAUGGCGAUUAGGAAGGCUAAUGGCAGGAUUACAAGUGAUCUUUGGGUUACUAGUGAUCACUGUGAGCCUCUCAUGUCUCUAUAGGUUCCAUUCCGCGGGUUACUUCUUGCACAACGAAGACAAUUGCCAUAAUAUCUACACAAUCAAAGAAGUCAACAAUGAAGGACUCGACAUAAAGGCGCUGCAUGAUCGCGUUGAUGAAGUCCUGGAAAUGAUGGAUAACUUGUACGAGAAGCUCGAAAAGACGGUAAAAGAAAUGGAGAAGAGCAAAGAAGGAAGCAAAAAAGAGAUCAAGAAGUUUCUUGAAGAUGAGGUGAUGAAGCCAUUUUAUUCUGCUCAUAUCGGUUUAAGGCAAAUCCGGUUACCAAAACCCGAAGGAAUCAGAAACUCGACGGAAAAGGAAGAGCCUUUGAUCAAUAAGUUUCUCAUUGAGGAGAUAAGGAAGUACAUUACCCCGAAGGAGAAUCGGGUUGGGAAGAUAAACAUGUUUGGAACAGAGAGAGUUUACAACACUAUAGGGCAUGCUUGUGUGCUGAUGAAGACGGAUCUAGAGAAGUAUAUGGACUACGAUGUUGGAGCCUAUUGCGAUGAUGAUUGGAACUUAGCACAGAAGCUUAUACUUAACGGGUGUGACCCGUUGCCUAGAAGACGAUGCUUAACAAGAGCAUCAAUGACUUACCAGAAGCCUUAUCCGAUCAACGAGUCAUUAUGGAAGCUUCCUGAUGAUAGAAAUGUAAGAUGGGGAAACUACCAAUGCAGGAAUUUCGCGUGCUUAUCAAGCAAGAAUCCGAAAAGAGGUUACACGAAAUGCAGUGGAUGCUUUGAAAUGGAGAAAGAGAAUGAUAAAUGGGUCAAGAACAGUACCUUGUUGGUUGAUUUCAAGAUUGAAGAUGUUCUGAGAGUGAAGCCAGGUGAGAUUAGGAUUGGACUGGAUUAUGGUGUUGGGACUGGAACAUUUGCAGCAAGAAUGAGAGAGAAGAAUGUGACUAUUGUCACAACUGCUUUGAAUUUGGGAGCUCCUUUCAAUGAGAUGAUCGCGUUGAGAGGUUUAAUCCCUUUGUACAUCUCUUUGAACCAGAGGCUACCGUUCUUCGACAAUACUAUGGAUAUGAUUCAUACCGCUGGGCUAAUGGAUGGUUGGAUCGAUCUACUUCUGAUGGAUUUCGUGUUAUAUGAUUGGGAUCGAGUGCUGAGACCGGGUGGUUUACUUUGGAUUGAUAGAUUCUUCUGUAAAAAGAAGGAUCUGGAUGACUAUAUGUACAUGUUCCUGCAGUUUAGGUAUAAGAAACACAAGUGGGCUAUUUCUCCUAAAUCAAAGGAUGAGGUUUAUCUCUCAGCAUUGCUUGAGAAACCUCCUCGUGCAAUCUGA